GUGGAGUCGGACAUCCUGCGCCGGGUCCGGACGCUGCUGCGAGAGCUGGACGGGCACCACCCGGCCUGCCAGUGUGACCGAGGGAUGCUGCGAUGGACCCUGCAUAAAAAAAUCGACCAGAAUCCCAGUAACAGCUCUGUCCUGGUCAGGAUCCUGGUGAAGGAGCUGGAAAGGGCAGAGCGGGGUGACUUCAGGCAUUACAUCAUCCCCUUGCUGCACACCCUGAUGUACACCUUGAUCAAGGCUCCCUGCAUCUCUGAGGAGCUCUGUGGCAGAGUCUACGACUUCUGCAAGAAGCUGCUGACCCUGCCCAAGCCUUUCUGCACCAUUGGGCUGGACUAUGCCACCAGGCUGAAGGUGGAGAGGACAGCACCAGGUACCUUGUACCAAAGAAUGGUCAUUUCUGAACAAAGCCUCAAAAGCGACCCGUACCCUUACCAGGAAAAGAUUUUCAUCUUUGCUGACCCCGAGCUGCUCUCUGAAGCCAUCUGCAAUGCUCUGCUCACCGACACAGAGGCAGCUCAGGUGUCCCAGAGCCCCCGGGCGUGCAUGUGCUACGUGAUCACCCACGCCAUGCAGGCGGCCCUGGGCGAGGGCUGCGACCUUGGCGCCCUGAAGGGCAGACUCCAGGAUAUGCCCACGAGCGAGGUGGAGCACUGGUUCCAGCAGGUGGUGGUGGCAGUGGAGUGUGCAGGAAGCGAGGGGAGCACAGCCCGUGGCCAGCACACAGCCAGGCUGGAGGAGAUCUACCAGGCCCUCCUCAGCUCCUCGCAAGCAGGCAAUGCCCCUCUGGGAGGGCUGCAGGACACACCUCUGCCCCACCCCACCAUCAGCUUUCACCUCUGGACAGAAGACAACCAGCUCUGGAAGGAAUUGGUGCUGUUCAUCCGCCCGCUGUCACAGAGCUGUGAGCCCGACUGCCUCAGCCAGGACCUGGACACCUUCGAGAUCCAGGACAUCGUCUCAGACUGUGAAUGCUGUGAGCAGACUCGCUUCUCUGUCCUCUCCACCGACAGUGGGAUUGAACGAGACCUGCCCGUGGCUGUGGAGGAGCCCUUGGCCCUGUGUGGAGCCGAAACGGAGCAAUCCCGGCUGCACAGGAGGGGUGGCAUUAAAAAAAAGCCGUCACCGCUGGAGAGCGUGGCCUUCCUGCAGGCUGGCUGCUGCAGUCCCGGGGUGAAGCCCCCAGUGAAGUUGCAGAAGAGAUCAGGAGUCCCCCAGGAUGCUGCAGCCCCGGUCCAGAAGCUGCACACUGCCCGCAUCGUGCUGCUGGGGGACGACCGGAUCCUGGGGCGCCUGGCCCAGGCCUACCACUCUCUGAGGAAACGGGAAACACGGCGGGUUUUCCUGACUCCCAGGCUGAACCUGCAGUUCUACUACAUCCCGGUGGUGGCAGGGCAGCCAGACACCUCGGCUGUUGUGGACCACCCUUCCAGUGGCCACGAGGAGCUAUGUGAGGUGGCAGGGUACCUGGGCAGAGCCGACCCGUGGUACGAGAGCAACAUCAGCACCCUGUGCCACGUGAUUCCCAAGCUGGCCACCAUGCCUCCCUCGCCGAGCAAACACCUCGUGACCGAUCUGUUCAUCACAGACGUCAUUGCUUACUACGUCCGCAUGGGCCUCCAGCCCGUCUGCUUCCAGGUCUAUGCUGUGAAGAUUUUCUUCAAUGACCCAGCACAGGAGCCGGCUGAGGACGUGUUCCUCACAGAGCUGUGCACCCAGGGGCAGGACAGCAUCUCCCACAGAGAGUUAAGCAUGACCAAGAAGAAAACAACCCUGGAUGGCCCUGGCAUAGAUCUCACAGUAACAUACAGAAAGGUCGUGGUGAGUGACCGGGAGAAGGAGCUGGACAUGUCCCUGCGCUCCACAGGUCUGGUGAUGAAAGCCAUCCCUUCCCAGGAGACUGAAGAUCUGGUGUGUCUGAACGUGACCAUCACUGAAAUCAUCAGGACCAGCAACUUGUCAGGACGGUCGUUCUCAGCUGUGGCAAACAGGUUGAAAACACGAAAUAUCACAAUCAGGAGCACAGAGCAGAGACCCUUCACUGUGUGUCUGGACAAGGACAGCAGAAGAACCUACAGGAACGUGAUCAGCCUGGAAGUGUCUCCUUGCCUAGAGCCCAGCUACUGCUUGCAGAAGACAAGGACCAUGAAAUUCAGCCUUCACGAAACAGAAGACGUGGGGCUUGUGAAAUACAUGCCCAAGUCUCUGCUCUUGCCUAUCAACACGUUUGCAGGCUUCACACAGUGAAGGAAACGGGAGAAUGCUGGUGUGGGAGAUGUGACAUUGUGUCAUCACAGAGGACACAGAAAAAGAAAACACACUAAAAGGCACCAAUGGCGAUUUUACAAUGGUAAUGGUGUGAAAAGCUGCGAGAGCAGGGGUGGAUAGGGCUCAGGGUGACAGCCAUGCCCUGCUGGGUGACAGUGUGACCAC